AAAAUGUGAAAAUGCGAGAGAUUUUAUUCCGGCAAAAAUAAAUAAUAAAAACGCAAACAUGGCAUUGUUCAUGAAGCAAAACUUCUCCCCACCGCUGCUGUCAAGGAAAUGGGUUGCCAUAAAAUUUAGGCCUAAUGUGUUGCUGUACAGCCGGGAGCAGAUCGUCUGUAUAUUAGAGAGCGGUCUGCUGUUCCGAGAGGACAGUGCCACCGUCGAGCAGGAAUGCCCGCCUCCUGAAAAGGUGUGGGCGGCGGCGGGCGGCGGCGGGUGGGGGUGGUGCACGCGCGGGGAGCGGGGCGCGGCGCUGCUGGCGGCGGGCGCGUGUGUGCUCGCCUUCCCGCCCAAAACGUUAUCCCGCGGCGCGCUGGGCCGCGUGGCCUGCAGCCUCGCGUGCGGCGUGUUAGCCCGCGGCCUGCUCCGCCACCGCGCGCGCGCGCUGUCCCGCCUGCCCGCGCUCUGUGACGUCAUGCGCCGGUAUCUAGCGCUCGCGAGACGAGCACAGGCCUGCGUGAGGGACAACGCGUGCCAUAACACACUGGGCUCGGUGUCGCAAGCGCUGCAGGCCACACACGAGCUGCUCUGCCGCCAGCAAGCGGCCCUGGCGACGCUCAUGUCGCGCGCGUCGGUCGCGUUGCUAGGCAACGCGCCGUGGCUGAGGGACGACCUGGCCUGGGCCGAGCUGCCGGAUGCCACGGAUCCUGUGCAGAAAAUCCACCACGCGUUCCUAGUGGUCCAGUCCACUUUGCUGAAGCACAUCGCAAUGGCACACUUUACACAGCCCUCGCACACCCAACACGUCUAUAAGAAUCACAACGAACGGCUGUACUGGAUACACACUGUACUGUUACAACACCUCCUUGAAGAGUUCGAAGAAAACUAUGAAGCUUUGGACCGUAUGUAUAGAAUAUUCAAGAAUUAUGGCACCAAAGAUGUAGAGCGGAAAAGCUUUCCUGUUAACGAUAGGUGGUUGUACUCUGAGGUACAUAGCGGAGUCGCUAGAACUUGUCUAGACUUAAAAAUGGCGCUUGAAAAAUGUACCAAUCUAGACAUGUUUCUAGACUCCUGUGCUAUUAAUAACCAGGAGCUAGAUUUAGAUGUGCUUAAUGAAGAUAUUGAUAAUCUAAUUGAUGAAUUAGCUAAGUGUUUAAAUACUAUGCAGAACUCUCAAAUUAGGUUGAAGAAGUUACAAAGAAAAUUCAAUGUUCAAGAAGAGAGGAAGGAAGAAAGUGUAUCGGAAGAGGAAGUGGUUUUGAGAAUAGAAGAUAAACCGGUUGAAGCUAAAGAUGAAGUAUUCUAUCUGCUCAAAACUGAGGAAGAUAAUGAAAGGGAAGAUAUGGCAGAUGUGACGACAGCCCCGGGCAAGAAAGAGAGAGAAGCAACGAAGUUUAUGCUGAACGAGUUAAAGAGGAAACUAGUGAAGAGAGAAGACGUUAUGCGAGAGAGGGAGAGGCAAGCUUUAGUCAAAACUAUGCCUGAAUUGAAAGAUGUUCCUGAAUUUCCGAGACAAAUGGAGGAGUAUACAGACAAGAAGGGGUUUAUAAAGAAAAUAAUCAAAGACGGUAAUAAGGACAGACUGUUCAAAGAUUAUAAAAUAGGUUCUAAGACUAAACGUAAAAGGAAAUAUAAGUUUAAUGUGAAUAAAUAUGAAAGCGAAUCUGAAAUUAAAGACACAUUAGAAGCGAACGCUAAAUUAAGCGCUAAAAGUAAAAUAAUAAGCAUUUCUAGUAAGAAUAAAGAAUUGAUACUCACGAAAUGGAAUAAAAAAGGAUCUAAACCUGGAUCCAGCUAUUCCUCAGAGAAAGAUACUGAAGGAUCUUUCAGUCAAGCGUUCAAUAAUACUGUCAAUAACGCUGUCAAUAAAACAAUCAACGAGGCUGUCAAUAAACUACAUACAAAACCGGAAUCGAGCUACUCAUCUGACAAAGAAUCCGAAGCCCAAGCUGUCAAUAAUACUGUCAAUAAAUCUAUCGAUAAAACAGUAAAUCAAGCAAACAAUCAAAUAAAAUUCACAAAAAAAGACUUAGAUUUCUCCACAUCAUCUGAAAGCGAUUACGACCACGAACACCAGAUGGCGUUGUUGAAAGACAUAAGAAGGCAUAGAGUUGCCAGGAAAAAAAAUCAUCCUGUCAAACGCGUGUCCAUAGACAUUGUAGACGAGAGUUUGAAGCCCAUAGAGUACAGUUUUGGGACUGGUAUGGCUAUGGCGUCGGUGUUGCAAGUUAAUAAUUUGAAAAUAAUGCCCAAUAUGGGGGCUGAGGAGGUUUUUAUUGGGGAUGGGGAGGUAUCUAAUGAUAGCGGGAACGAUGAAGAUGCUUAAUUUUGUCUGAUGGAUUUAUAGCAAUUAAAAAAUAAGAUGUUAAGAAUAAAACUUAUGGUUUAACAAGGGAUUAACCAUGGAAAAUGGAAGAAUAAUGCUCUUAGCGCCACUUGCACCGUCCCACUAAUUCGAGGUUAACCGGUUAACCCUUUACCAGGCUAAGGGCGACUUGCACCAUUCACUAACCCGGGGUUAACAGGUUAAACCUGGAGUGUCACCAUUGUUACCAGUACAAUUUGACACUAGCUUAACGGUUUAACCAGUUAACCCCGGGUUAGUGAGAUGGUGCAAGUGGGCCUAAGGGAUAUAUAUUUCCCGCAUACGGCACUUCAAACAUGUGUUCUAUUUCCGAUGAGUAAGAUUGACAUUCGAUUGUCAUUUUUGAACUGUCGGCCUGGUAAAGCGUUAAACCGUUAAUCCAGUGUCAAAUUGUACUGGUAACCAUGGUAACUCCAGAUUUAACCGGUUAACCCCGGGUUAGUAGAAUGGUGCAAGUGGCCCUUAGAUAGCGCCAUCGCCACUUGCACCAUCCCGCUAACCCAGAGUUAAACCGUUAACCCUGUGUCAAAUUGUACUGGUAACCAUAUGUGGUAACUCCAGUUGAAUCGGUUAACCCCGGGUUAGAGGGAUGGUGCAAGUAGCCCUCAAAAAGUAUGAUAGUGUUGUGAGGGUUUCGAUGCACGAAAGUCUAACUUACAGUGCGACAUAGAAUAGUAGAAAUUAAAUAAUUGUAACUAUAAAAAAUCCACUAUAGUUCGUUUUUUUUAGCAUUAGAAAGAACUUGAAAGAAGGUAAGCGAUCUUGGCAUGCCUUUUAACUGAAAAACGCUUUUUAAAAAUCAAUAACUAUUACUUUUAUGAAAGCAGAAGAAUAUAAAUGAUCGUAUUAGAUUCAUAAUUGUUACAUAUUUGCCGUAACUUAUUUUUAAAACGUGUUUUUUAAUUAAAAGACACAUCAAGAUUCUUUACCUAAUUUCUAAUGCUAAAAAAACGAAGUAUAGAUUGUUGCCAUGUUUAAGCAUUUUACGUCAAAAAUGUGACAGUUACGUAGGAUGUGGCGCCCUCAAUUUUCUACAAUUUCUUGUCUAACCUACUAUCAUAGAGAAAUAUAUAGUAAGACAAGAGUGCUCACUCCAUACAUCAGUUUUGGUACCACAAAUAUUAGUAUUUUCAUAGUCGACAUCUAGCGUCGAGUAGCGGAAUUAUCAGUAAAUUUGUAUGAACCGUUACAAAACUGACACACAAAAUUUGUAUAUAAAACUGCCGGCCUAGCCAAGCUGACAACCGCUAUCGCUUCGAAAACGAAACGCUAUGUGUCACUAUCACUCUUCCAUAUUAAGGGGUAUCCAGACGGGACUGACGAAAUCAGUUGAUUUCUUCAGAAAAAUAAAUGGUCAAUCUCAUCUAGCCACACGUACACAAAUUAAAUCACCAAUUUGCAUUCUACUAUGCAAAUUGGCAUUUUUGUGUCCGCACCUGCUGAUGUGAUCGGGGAAUCAAAUUGCUAUUUGCGUCCGCACGGCCCUGUUCGAUCGGAGAAUUUCAUCAGAUUGGCGAAAAAUUGUCUCGUCUGGAUACAAUACGCACCCAAUCCUUAUGCGCACUGCCAAGGAGUGGAAUUCCUCGCCGGCGUCUAUAUUUCCGUGUUCUUAUAACCCGGCAACCUUCAAAUCAAGAGUGAACAGGCACCUUCUGGGCGAGCUCGCUCCAUCGUAGGCCACGUCUACGCCUCGGCUAGUCUGUGGCCAUGAGUAAGCCCAUUCAUAAUAAAAAAAAAGAAAAAAAACCAGUGCGACAGUGACCAUUGCGUUUCGAUCGCUACGGGGCGAAAGCGAUUGGCGUGUUGGCUACGCGGCCUGGGGACACUUUUUUCUUUGUCUCAUUCAAUAGUACUAGUGAUUCUGAGGCUAAAUAACCCAAAAGUUGAUGGUUUUUCGAAAUAAAGUAAAUGGUACCAUUUUUUCUGAAAACCCCCUAAAAUGCUUUUUAAUUAAAAAAAUCAAUGUGCAAUGGCCUUAGGCCGAGUGAAAUCAUCAAUUUUAUUAAAACUUAAUUUAAAAUCCAAAUACUUAAUAUUUUCAAUUAUGAUUGUGAUGUUUGUGCUUUUUUAGUCAGUAUCGAAGUACUGUGAUUAUUAUAAUAAAUAAUAACUGACAAUUGUAUUU